AUGAGCCUUUCCGUGAAUUUCAAUGUUCAUUCUAAAGCACUUUUAUCUUCAUAUCAAGCUGUUCUUAAUGGUGACAAAGAUACAGAAUGGGUAGUUUAUGGGUAUGAUAAAGGAGGCAAUGAUUUGAAGGUUUUAGAAAAAGGAGCUGGAGGGCUUGAAGAAUUGGUAGAAGAGUUUAACGAUGGAAGAAUUCAAUACGCCUUUGUUAGAGUGAUAGAUCCCAAUACGGAGUUACCAAAGUUUGUUCUUAUAGGCUGGGUGCGGGUACCAGAAAUCAAAAAAGGACUGUUCAAUUCUCAUUUUAAUGAAGUUUCAAAAUUCUUAAAGGGAUAUCACCUUCAAAUCAAUGCUAGAUCAGAGGCUGAUGUUGAUCCAGACUAUAUAAUGAAACGUAUAAGUGAAAGUGGGGGUUCCAAGUACUCCAUUAACGUUAAUAAGGAACGAGCAAGGAAGGAAGAACCUAUUUUACCUGUUAAUUCCGUAUAUGAACGUGUAAAAAUUCCGGAUAUCACUGCACAACGACAAUCUUCUUCUCGUGAACAAAUCAAGCCUGUCAGUUCUGUGUAUCAACCGGUUCAACUCCCAAAACCCAAACCUCUAGGUAAAUUUUCAACGUGGACAGAACGUGCUGAAAAUUCAACACCAUCUGGACCAUCUCCAGCAGAGUUAAAAGCACGUCGAGAACGUGAGCGUGCCGAGAAGGAAGAACGCGAGAGAAUAGAAAGCGAAGAGAAAGCGAGAAAAGAUCGUGAAGAGAAGGCUAGACAAUUGCGUGAAGAGAAAGAGAAAAAAGAGCGUCAAGAGAAAGAGAGGAAAAUGUUUGAGGAGGAAGAGAGAAAAGGGAGUGAAGAGAAGGAGAGGAAACGUACAGAGAAAGAAGAACGUGAGAAAAUAGAGCGCGAAGAAAGAGAGCGUUUAGAAGCAGAACGGUUAGAGACAGAAUUGAAAAAACUAGAAAUUGAAGAGGCUGAACGUAGAGAGCAAGAUGAACGGGAAGAAAUGGACAGAAUUGAACAUGAAAAAGAAUUGCAAAGACAACGGGAAACGGAAGAAAGAGAAGAAAGGCAGAGGUUAGAAUAUGAACGCGAACAAGAGCAGCAAGAAGCUGAACGGCUUCUACUUGAACAAGAACAACAGAUCGCCGAAGUUUCUGCCGAAUCGGCUGGUGGUAUGACAGCAGUUGUUCAAUUUUCUUAUGAUGCAGCUGAGGAUAAUGAAAUACCAUUAAGAGAGGGAGAGAUUAUUAGAGAUAUUGUUCCGUUAGAUGAAGGAUGGUGGCAAGGGGUAGGUGAAGAUGGAAGAACUGGACUUUUCCCAGCGAACUAUGUUGAGAUCGUUGAGAGCGUUGCAUCCGAACAGCCUAUUGAAGAGACACAAGAAGUUGAAGCUGAACUUGUACAACAAACAGUUGAUUCAUCACAAGGAAAUUAUAUUGCAAAAGCAUUGUUUGAUUAUGGAGCGGGUGAAGAAAAUGAAAUUUCAUUUCAAGAUGGAGCUAUUAUUACAGACAUUGAAUUUGUUUCGGAUGACUGGUGGCAGGGUAAAGCACCCGAUGGAAAAGUUGGUCUAUUCCCAGAACUUCAAGAAACUCCUGUUCCAUUAAAUCCUAUUUCUGAACAGGUCUUACCUCAAUCUAGUAUGUCCGUAACUAGCGUAGUUUCUCAGGUUUCUACUGAAGUUCAACCAAACCAACUUACACGGCAGGUUCAAAAUAACAAAGCUCGUUGUUUCAAGUGUCGGGCUAAAAUCCCCUUAGCUAAGCAAACCAUUAACAAAUGCCGAUGCGGUGAUUAUUAUUUUGAUCGUUAUUUGUUCGUUAUUUUGAUUUUAUUUGAAGUUUGGUUGAUUGAUAACCUUAUUAAUAAGAAUAUUUUCACUUCCGUUUCCUUCUUUGACCCCUGA